CCCCUCAGGGGCUCAGCCCCGCGCGUGCGCAGUGCGCGCUGCGCCAUCCGGGUCCCGGCGCGGCCAUGGCGACAGUGGCGGAGCUCAAAGCAGUUUUAAAGGACACAUUGGAAAAAAGAGGAGCUCUUGCCCAAAUCAAAGCGAGGAUCAGAGCUGAAGUGUUCAAUGCCCUGGAUGACCAGAGCGAGCCGCGGCCGACGCUGUCCCGGGAGAACCUCCUGAUCAACGAGCUCAUUCGGGAAUACCUGGAGUACAACAAGUAUAAAUACACAGCAUCUGUGUUGACGGCAGAAUCCGGCCAGCCUGAAGUGCCCUUGGAUAGAGAAUUUCUUGCCAGAGAGCUGAAUAUAGUUGAAGAUGCAAGUGGAAAAUCAGUACCUCUCCUGUAUGGAAUUCUCUCUCAUUUCUUACAUGGUGGUAAAGAAGAAAGUACCCAGAAUAUCCUUCCAAAAGCAUCUUUGCUGACUUACCCAAAGCAGAACCUUGGCAAACCACCUGCUGAGAGAAAUCAAAAAGACAGAAUUCCAGAACCAGGAAGGAUGUCUGGCACGAGCAUCGAAGAGCCUCUUAUUUUACAAAGUAUAAAGAGAUGAUAUCUUUCAUUUUCUAAUUUCUCAUUUCAAGGUCUGUCAGAUUUAAUUUAGGACAUUCUUCAUUGCAUAAAUUUCUCUAAUAAAUCCAGUGGGACUAUUUUAGCUUGUAACAUCUACUCAUGAGACAGUGUGACAAGGUGAUACUUACUGUCAAUUUUAAAAAAUGUUAGCAAAGCUCUCUUUCCCCAGUGCUGAUAGAAGAAAAACUGUAUAGGGACUCACAUUCAUGAAUCCUGUGUUCAGAAUUGCACCUGAAUAUACUGCGUUUAUCCAAUACAUUUUUAUAUAAUAACUUAUAAUUCCUGCACUUACAUUCUUGUGUGUUUUACCUGUGUUUCUGAAUAAAAUUUUUCAAUUUUA